ACCAAUCAGCAGUCUGGGAAUCCCUUUCCUUUACAUGUGUGCGGCUCCACCAGGAGAUUGUUUUGCUUUUUAACGGCGGCGACACCAAAGACAAGAUUGUGACAAGAUCCGGACGGUGGAAGAGAUAAGUGGAACUUUGAAAAAAUGAAGGAAUAAGCAAUGAUUCAUCACCCCGACAGAAGGAAACCAUGAACAGCACAAUAGAGCUAGAAGAAAAUGUAAAGAAGCUGGUAGUACGCCUUAGAAAUGUGGAAGAAGAGAAGCAGGUUGACAACCUGGUCCAGAUAUUGGAAGAUUUGCACGCUCACACCUUAUGUGAUAAUGCUGCAGAAAUAUUCAGUCAUGUGAAUGUGCAUUUACCUCUCUUGCUGGUGUUGGAAUCCUACUUAAAAGUUGAUGUCAUACAGGAGGUGGGCUGGUCUCUACUGUGCAGAUUGGUAAUGGUAUGCCCAAAUAUACUGCCUAGUUUACAUACUCCAGUAGAUAUUGGACAUGAAUGGGAAGUCCUUGGCGUUCAUCAACAAAUUCUGAAGAUCCUGUCUGUUUAUGCCACAAAUCUUAAUGUCUUGACGAUUGGAUUACAGGUUUUAAGCAACAUCCUUGAAUCAGAUGUAAUUCAUUUUCUGGUCUUGGAUCAUGAAGCUGAUGUUUUUCAGUUGGUUUUUGAAGCCAUGAAGCGGUUUUCAGAUAAAGAAGAUAUUCAGAUAUAUGGAUGCCGUGCAUUAUAUUUGCUUUUAAUGAAAGUUCCAGAAGAGCAAUUGACAGAGUUUGUAGAUAGCAAAGACCAUUUGAUCAUCUUAAAGGUGCUAACACAGUACAAAGAUACAGAGACUGUUAUUUACCAAGCUUUACGUGUUUUGAUCCCAUUGGCAAGCCCACCCUGUAAUGUGGAAGUGCUUAUGUCUGGCAAUGUCAGAUGUUACAACAUAAUUAUGGAAGCAAUGAAAACAUUUCCAAAUAGUGAACAAAUCCAAGAAGUCUGUUGUUGUUUGUUCCAUAAACUUACUUUUGGAAGCUUUUUUAACAUCCUGGUUUUAAAUGAAGCCCAUGAAGUCAUUAUAAAGGCACUGAUAAACUUUCCUGCAAAUUCAAAACUGCAAGCAGCUGCUCUAACGUGUCUGGCUCUUCUUACUGAAACUAUAAUUUUAAACAAAGACUUAGACGAUGGAGAAGAUACCGAAGACAACAGAGGACAGUUGUAUUGGUUUGAAGCUUCAUUUAAAGCUUUAAAACUUCAUAAGAAGAACACUGAAGUCCAGGAAGCUGCCUGCUGGGCCCUGAAUAAUCUUCUUAUGUACCAUCGUGAGCUGCAUGAUAGAAUCGGAGAUGAACAGAAUCAGUACCCUGUACACAAAGAAGUGAUGUUGUCCAUGCUGAUGCAUUCUUCUUCCAAGGAAGUUUUCCAAGCAGCCACCACUGCGCUAGCCACUCUGUCCGGACACAAUGUGGUGAUUAGAAAGAUUUUAUUGGAAAAAGGUGUUCAUAUUAAUGUGCUAGAAAUAAUGAAGGAACAUCUAGAUUCUUCAGAAGCAUCAGAAAGUGCCUGCCGAGUCCUUUUUCAACUUUUUAAUGGAAGCUCCUUUAAUUUGGAUGUAUUGACUGUGACCAUGACAUGUCUGUUAAAUGCUAUGAAGAAGCACAAAAAGGUACCUGGGGUCCAGCUGAAAGCUCUGCGAGUAAUGUUGCAGAUCAUGUGCGAUGACGCUGCAUAUGAUGUGCAAAAUAGUCCUGUGAAAGCAGAAGAAAGUUCAUUCCUUAAUCUUCCACGCAAAGUAAUCAGGAACCAGUGCUUACUUGAAGGAACUCAUAAGUUCAUUUUGCAAGCACUCAACAAGUUUAUUUCCCAUCCAGGAAUACAAGAAUGUGGUCUAAAAGUAGUAAACUCACUGUCAGAAUGUUCAGGGUCUUUAGAGUUGCUAUCAGAACAGGGAGCUUUGGAUACUAUUUUGCAUAGUAUCCAGAUGUAUCCUGGAAAUGAAGAAAUUCAGUAUUUUGGUUUUUGUCUCUUGUCCUUUCUAAUAACAAGAAAGUAUCUAUGCAUUGAAACAAUGCACCUUUUAUCAACUCACUUGACUUCCACAUUACAGUGCUAUAAAGAUGUUGUCCGGAUACAAGAGGAGGGAUUUCGGACUGCCUUAACGCUGAUGAAGCUGUCACACAGUUUUGCAAAAAUUUUAGAACUACAAGAUUUUGAUUCUGUACUUUUUUACCAAAUAUCUAUGUGCCUGGCAAACAAACGGGAUCAGAAGUUUCAGGUAUUAUGUUAUCGCUGUUUUGCUGAAAUGACUUUGGAAGAUGAUUUAAAGAACAAAUUGCUUGUGAAGGCCUGUGGAGAAAAUCAGAUGGUCAUUGCGGAAGCUUUGCUAUUGUUAGGAGCAGAUGUUAAUAAAAAAAACAAGAGUACAUCUUUAAUUUAUCAGGUAUGUGAGAAGGGAAGCAAUGCUAAGCUGGUGGAGCUAUUGUUAAAUUAUGGAGUUCGUGAACAGGAUUCACGAAAGGCCCUUGAAGUCAGCAUAAGGAAUGGCAACAAUGAGGUCAUAAGCCUGCUUUUAAAAAAACUUGGCUUAGAUGUGGCUAAUAACAGCAUUUGCCUGGGAGGAUUUCAUAUGGGCAAUAUACAACCUUCAUGGCUUAAUCCACUGUUCUCGGAAAAACAAAAUACACAAAAAAAACCUUCACAAGAUUAUGAAGGAAAUAAAGACCUGGGGCCCAUUUUGGCAAGAAUGGCUUUUCGUUACCAGAGCAAACACUAUGGUUGCCGAUCUUCAGGAGAUUUUUGCUCUCUGCAGGAUUUGGUUGAUAAAGAUGACUCCUUUAUGCAUGAAGGUUUUGAUGAUGUAUUUGCUACUAGUGAUGACAUUGAUAGUGAAGGCAGUGAAGGAACACAGCCCAUGAAAAAAUCUCACUCCUUUGUCAGUCUUGACAUUCAUAAGGAAAACUCAAAACUAAAUCAUGUGAAAGCAGAUCAGAGGCAAACUAACUCCUUGGGUGGAUUUGGGGAUGAACCUAAUUUACGUCGCAGAAAAGAUUUUCCUCAAAUUGAUUAUUCAUAUAAAGCACUUUUGCCGUUACACAUGAAGCGAACUGAUAGUUGCUCUUCAUUGCCUGAGAAAGAACAUAUUCGAUCCUUAGACCUAUCAGCUAAUGAUCUGGAAAGCAUAGACUUAAUAAACAAGAAAUCCCUUUUAACCAAUCAUUUGGAACGUCUUGAGAAACUGGAGCUUCAACAAAAUGCUUUAACAUCGAUUCCUAAAUCGCUUUGUGAUGUUUUCAAAUGUUUGACUUAUCUGGAUUUGCGCAAUAACAACUUCAAAACUUUCCCUUCUGCUUUUCUGGAAAUGGGUAGUAUCUCGUUCCUUGAUAUAUCAAGAAAUGAAAUUGGACCUUUAAUAGAUCUGCAAACAAGCACAAUAUGCCCAACUUUAAAGCAUCUAAAUCUGUCAUAUAACCAGCUGAAAGAAGUUCCUGAAUGUAUUGGAAAUGUUGCACAAAGGCUAGAAGAAUUAAUCCUUGAGGGUAAUGCCAUUUCAGAAAUCCAUUCACCACUAUGCUUACCUGAACUGAGGACAUUGAAUCUAAACAAGAACAUGAUUUCUUUACUUGGACCCAAUAUCCUGAGUAGCUGUACCAAGCUCGACGUGUUUUGUGCCAUGACCAAUCAGUUGGCAAUGGUACCUAGUAUACCUUCAAAGAUAACAACUUUAAGGCUUUCCCAUAAUAAAUUUAAUAGUAUCCCUAAAGAAAUUCUUCAACUCUCUCAUUUAAGAACAGUAGAUUUAAGCAACAAUCAGAUUAGUAAUCUACCUGGUCCACUGGAAUGGGCUUCAAUAAAUCUGCGAGAAAUUGUAUUGAAUCACAAUGAGAUUAGCAUAUUGAAUAUUGGGGACCUCAGUAAAGAUUCAAGCAGAUGGUCACGUCUCGAGAAACUACAUCUUUCUCAUAACAUGAUCAAGGAGAUACCGCCUGAAAUUGGAUUUCUUGUGAAUGUCACUUGUUUUGAUAUAAGCCACAAUCCAGAUUUAAGGUCAUUUCCAGAUGAAAUGGGAAAACUUACUAAAGUGUGGGACCUUCCACUUGAUGGACUACAUCUUGAUUUUGACCUGAAGCACAUAGGCUACAAAGCCAGAGACCUAAUACGGUUUCUUCAGCAGAGAUUAAAAAAGGCUGUUCCUUAUAAUCGUAUGAAACUGUUUAUCAUGGGAAACACUGGAAGCGGUAAGACAACACUUGUACACCAGUUAAUGAAAGAAAAACGCCCUGGGCAGGGACCAGAGAAGGCUACCAUUGGUAUUGAUGUGAAGGACUGGCCUAUUCUGUUAAGGGGGAAAGUAAGGAAGGAUAUCACCCUGAAUGUAUGGGAUUUUGCAGGCCAGGAGGAGUUUUAUAGCACUCAUCCGCAUUUUAUGACUCCACGUGCUUUGUACCUUGUGGUUUACGACCUCAGCAAAGGGGCCUCAGAAGUUGAUGCAAUAAAACCUUGGCUUUUUAACAUAAAGGCCCGUGCAUCAUCUUCACCUGUUAUUCUUAUUGGAACACACUUGGAUGUAUCUGAUGAAAAACAGAGAAAAGCCUGCAUAAAUAAAAUGAAAAUGGAGCUUUGUAAUCAACGGGAGCUUCCCUGUGUCCAGGAUUAUCAUUUUGUUAAUGCUACAGAGGAGUCAGAUGCUUUGGCAAAACUUAGGAAGUCCAUCAUAAAAGAAUGUUUGAAUUUUAAGAUUAGAGACCAACCAGUUCUUGGGCAGCUAAUUCCAGACAGCUAUCUGGAGCUUGAGAAGAAAAUCCUGAUGGAAAGGAAGAACGCUCCAGUUGAAUUUCCUGUAAUAAACCACAAGAGGCUCAAGGAUAUUGUAGAGGAAAACCAACUGGAUCUGGAUGAGCAUGAACUUCAACAUGCUGUUCAUUUUCUAAAUGAAUCUGGAGUAUUAUUGCACUUUGAGGACCCUGCUUUACAGCUACGAGAUCUUUAUUUUGUAGACCCGGAAUGGCUCUGUAAAAUAAUGGCACAGAUUUUGACAGUUAAAGUUGAAGGAUGUCAGAGAAAUCCCAAAGGCAUAAUCCUGUGUGCAGAUGUGAAGAAAUUUCUUUCCAAGAAAAGAAAGUUUCCUGAAAACUAUAUUUCACAGUAUUUAAAGCUUCUGGAAAAAUUUCAAAUAGCUUUACCACUUGGUGAAAGGCAACUUCUCAUUCCAAGCAGUUUACCUGACCACCGACCAGUGAUCGAACUGCCCCACUGUGAAAAUUCAGAGGUCAUCAUUAGGCUGUAUGAAAUGUCAUAUUUUCCCAUGGGAUUUUGGUCAAGACUCAUUAACAGACUUUUGGAAGUGUCUUCAUACAUGCUGUCUGGUCGAGAAAGAGUCCAACGUCCUAACAGGAUGUACUGGAGACAAGGUAUCUACCUAAAUUGGUCUCCUGAAGCCUACUGUUUGGUGGAAUCAACAAGUCUACCUGGAAACCCAAAUAGUUGUUUGAAAAUCACAGUUCCAUCCUGUAGGAAAGGUUGCAUUCUGCUGGGACAGGUUGUGGAUCAUAUUGAUUCACUUAUGGAGGAAUGGUUUCCCGGUUUGUUGGAAACUGAUAUUUCUACUGAAGGAGAAACUUUGUUGAAAAAGUGGGUGUUGUACAGUUUUGAUGAUGGUCAGGAGCACCAGAAAAUUCUACUUUCUGAUCUGCUGGUGAAAGCUGAAGAAGCAGGUGACCUAUUAGUAAAUCCAGAAGACCCAAGAUCUACAAUUCCCAUCUCCCAAAUUGCCCCUGAUAUUGUUCUUGCUGAUCUGCCAAGAAAUAUUAUGCUGAGUAAUGAGGAACUAGAAUUUGACCAGACUCCUGAAUAUUUAUUGGGUGAUGGUGGCUUUGGCUCAGUCUAUAGAGCUGUGUAUAAAGGUAAAGAUGUAGCAGUGAAAAUUUUCAACAAACAUACUUCCCCAAGACUUUUAAGACAGGAAUUGACAGUACUAAGUCAUCUCCAUCAUCCAAGCCUAGUGUGUUUACUUGCGGCUGGUGUUCGACCUAGAAUGCUAGUGAUGGAACUUGCUCCAAAGGGUUCCCUUGAUCAUCUUCUCCAGCAGGAUAGUAGUAACCUGACUCGAACCCUCCAACACAGAAUAGCUCUUCAUGUUGCUGAUGGUCUAAGGUACCUCCAUUCGUCAAUGAUCAUUUAUCGAGAUUUAAAACCCCACAAUGUUUUGCUAUUUACUUUAUAUCCAAACUCUGCAGUAAUUGCAAAAAUUGCUGACUAUGGAAUUGCCCAAUAUUGUUGCAGAAUGGGAAUCAAAACUUCAGAAGGCACUCCAGGAUUUAGAGCACCUGAAGUUGCAAGAGGAAAUGUUAUUUACAACCAACAGGCAGAUGUCUAUUCAUUUGGAUUAUUGUUAUAUGAUAUUCUGACAGCUGGAGCAAGAAUGAUUGAAGGGUUGAAGUUUCCAAAUGAAUUUGAUGAAUUGGCUAUCAAUGGAAAAUUGCCAGAUCCAGUCAAAGAGUAUAAUUGUGCUGCAUGGCCAGAAGUUGAAGUAUUGAUUAAAAAGUGCUUAAAAGAAAAUCCUCAAGAGCGCCCCACAUCUGACAAGGUUUUUGAGAUCCUGAACUCUGCAGAACUCCUGUGUUUAAUGAGGAAUUUUGUAAUAUCAAGCCCACUAACAGCAGAAUGCAUGGUGGCUACCAACCCACGUUUUAAAGUACCCACUGUCUUGGUUGGAAGUGGCAGUACUGACAAAGGCCAGAUUUCAAGUUUGAACUUAAUAAAAGGUGGACAUACAUGUGAGGAUUUUUGUGAUAGUAGAAUCCUUUGUCUUGCGUUUGUGACUGUACCAGAUGAAAGAGAACACUGGGUCUUGGCAGGAACACAGUCUGGUGAAAUUCUGGCUGCACGUUCAGAUGAUCUAAAGACAAAACAUUGUCUGAAGAAAAUGCCUGACUCCAUUACAUGCUUCUUGUUUUCUUGUCAAAUACGGCAGAGUCAGAAAAAAUAUUUUCUCCUGGUUGGAACAGCCAAUGGCCACAUUGCAAUCUUUGAAGCUUCUACAAUUAAGUGCAGUAAUGUUACUCCUGCAAAUAUGCUUAAUGUGGGAGAUGACAGUACACCAGUGAUGGGCCUGUGCGAAUCAACUUUUUCCUCUGAAAAGACUGCUGUGUGGGGAGUUUGUGGAACAAAAAUCUUAUUCCUUUCCAGUGACUAUUAUGUUCAGAAGACUAUUGAAACAAAACACUCUAUGCCAUUUUCACAUGGAUCAGUAAGUGAUUCGAAUAUUACUUCUGUUGCGAUUGACAAAUACAUCUAUGUGGCAAAAAAAUACAGUCCAUACGUGGAGAUUUGGGAUAAAAAGACAGACAAAUUAUGUGAAGUACUUGACUGCGCUCAGUUCUUAAAAGAAGAAAUUGUGAAGCAGAGGAAAAUGAAGAAAGAAGAUGCUUAUACUGCUCGAGUCAAAGCCUUGUUUUUACAGAAAAAUACUGCUCUUUGGGUUGGAACAGGUGGAGGACAUAUCCUGCUCAUUGACUUAUCGACUCGACGACCAAUAAGAAUCAUCUCUAGUUUCUGUGACACUAUACGUUGCAUGGUUCCUUCCCAGCUAGACAAAGGAAGUAUAAAGAAUGUCAUACUUGUUUUAGGAUGCCGUUGUACACCACAAAAAGAAAUACAGUCCUUUCUUUCCGUAUGGGAUAUGAACCUUCCACAUGAGGUCCAAAACCUUAAAAAGCAUAAUGAAAUAAGACAAGAGUUGGCUGAGAAAGCAAGAGGAUUAUCACUGGACUAAAAAAAACAAUGCAGAAUUAAAGUUCAUCAGUGAUGCACCUAUCAACAGUUUUUGAGAUGACAAGCCUACACCUACUGCACUUGGAGACCUAUAAGGGCACGGAGUUAAAUAAUGCAGCAGUUUUUGACAAAUAUAUGGCCUCUUGUAUGUUCCGCACAAAGAAAAAAAAACUGUGUAAAAUAUUUUACUCAUAUUGAUUUAUUUUAGAUAUACAUUUAUUGUUUUCUUAUUUACUGUUUUCUUAUUUUGUGCAUGUACAAAAUGUAUGUAAAUAUCAGUAGGAACUUUUGCUGACAGAUACCUUUUUUUAUAUUUUUAAUUAUGCAGUUUUAGUGCAUUUUCUGUAUGAGAAUAUAUAUAAAUAAAUAAGUGCUUUUUGAAGAAGUUAAUAUUGUUUGGAAAUAAAAUAUAU